AGUUCUCCCUUUCUGGUUUUCUCUCUUCGCUGGUUACCUCAGUUUUCUAUUGACUUUCAUCUCGACAUCAUUCCUUCUACACCACCAGCAAAAAGAUCUGAUGGACACAGAACAAAAAAAACAAACACUUGACCUAAAAAAUUAAGGACAAAACGCUAAUUGCCUUCUUCUGUCACUGGAGUAAAACAACUCAUGUAACCGACAUUACAAAUAUGAAUAUUAGCAUCAAAUAAGAGUCCAUCAACAAUACAGAAGAUCUCCCAAGUGGAAUUAACAAAGGGCCGCUGUCUAUCAGAGGAUAUUUCUGAGCGUUUACAGUCAUGUCUCCGUUUUUGAGGAUUGCUUUCUCCAGUUUUGAGAUGGACCCAGGACUUGCCUAUCAUGAAGAAGUGCUCAAUCCAUACUGUGCUGUCUACAUGAAAGAGGCUGUGGAGACUGAAAAGGGUCAAGUGUACAAACAGAAGCGGCCCACCAUGUAUCCCCCGUGGAGCAGCACUUUUGACGCUCACGUCCACAAAGGACGAGUGAUGCAUGUGGUGGUCAAGGACAAAACAGCUGAGCUAAAGACGGAGGCUACAGUCCAGCUCGACACCCUCGCUUCACGUUGCAAGAAAGAGAACGGCAAACUGGAGAUAUGGGUGGAACUGAAGCCACAGGGUCGUUUACUGAUGGAAGCACGGUAUUUUCUGGAAAGAAGUGAUGCUGCAGGUCAUGGUGAAGGAGAUGGAGAGACUGAACGGGAAAAAGAAGGGGUGUUUGCCCUUCAUCACAGACGAGGAGCUAUUAAACAGGCUAAAGUUCAUGUGGUCAAAUGCCAUGAGUUUACAGCCACCUUUUUCCCUCAACCAACCUUCUGUUCAGUCUGCAAGGAGUUUGUCUGGGGCCUGAACAAACAGGGAUACCAGUGUCGACAAUGCAAUGCUGCCAUCCACAAAAAGUGUAUUGACAAAGUCAUAGCCAAAUGCACAGGUUCAGCCGUAAACAGCAAAGAAACCAUGAUCCACAAGGAACGCUUUAAGAUUGACAUGCCUCACAGGUUUAAAGUGUACAACUACAUGAGCCCUACGUUUUGUGAGCACUGUGGUACCUUAUUGUGGGGUCUUGCUCGACAGGGCCUUAAAUGUGAAGAGUGUGGCAUGAACGUUCACCAUAAAUGUCAGAAGAAAGUAGCAAACCUUUGUGGCGUCAACCAGAAGCUAAUGGCAGAGGCCCUGGCUAUGAUUGAGAGCACUCAACAGCAAGCUCGGAGCUCCCGGGAUACUGAGACUGUUGGUCGAGAGGGUCCGGUCAGCGCAGAUCAACCAGGGGUCAUUAGAGAGCCUUCAGGACGCUUAGCGAUUUCCCCCCUUACGCCUGCACCACCGCUACCACGCAAAGAGCAUCAAGGUAUUUCAUGGGACUCUCCAGCUGACGGACGCAGACCCAGUCUUGAAGAGCCUGAGCCCCUCUACGCCACCCCACGCAAAGAGCACCACAAAUUCACCAUAGACAGCUUCAUCCUGCAUAAGAUGCUGGGCAAAGGAAGCUUUGGAAAGGUUUUUCUGGCUGAGCUGAAAGGCUCAGGGCAGUUUUUUGCUGUGAAGGCAUUAAAGAAAGAUGUGGUUCUGAUGGACGAUGAUGUUGAAUGCACUAUGGUGGAGAGGAGAGUGUUAUCUCUAGCUUGGGAUCACCCCUUCCUCACACACCUCUACUGUACCUUCCAGACCAAGGAAAAUCUUUUCUUUGUGAUGGAGUACUUAAACGGAGGCGACUUAAUGUUCCACAUCCAGACCUGUCACAGAUUUGACCUCCCACGAUCCACGUUCUAUGCAGCAGAGAUCAUCUGUGGACUGCAGUUUCUACACUCUAAAGGCAUUGUGUACAGAGAUCUUAAGCUGGAUAACAUUUUGCUAGACACUGAUGGCCACAUCAAGAUUGCAGAUUUUGGCAUGUGCAAAGAGAACAUAAUUGGAGAAGCCAGAACAUGUACCUUCUGUGGAACACCAGACUACAUUGCCCCUGAGAUACUGCUUGGUCAGAAAUAUGGGACAUCUGUAGACUGGUGGUCAUUUGGCGUCCUACUUUACGAGAUGCUGAUUGGCCAGUCUCCAUUUCAUGGGCACGAUGAAGAAGAGCUGUUUCAGUCAAUUCGCACAGAUGACCCUUGUUACCCACGCUGGUUAACUAGAGAUGCACGAGACAUUCUUGUGAAGCUGUUUGUCCGGGAGCCAGAGCGAAGGCUGGGCGUGAAAGGGAAUAUACGGCAACAUCCCUUCUUUAGAGAAACAGACUGGAGCGCGCUGGAGGAACGACAGGUGGAGCCACCCUUCAAGCCCACUGUGAAAUCAGCAAAUGACUGCAGUAACUUCGAUAAGGAGUUCAUAAACGAGAAGCCUCGACUCUCCGUCACAGAUCGUAUGAUGAUCAAUAGCAUGGAUCAGAGCAUGUUCGAAAACUUCUCCUUUAUCAACCCUAUCAUGACUCGUCUCAAGAGCCCCUGAUUCUCCAACUAACAUUCAUAAAAGACAUUCGUGCAAACACUGUGAAUAGUCCAAAACAAAAAAAGCAAACACUCAUACUGUACCAUACUAAACAUUAUAUACCAGCCUAAUAACUGUUACCUCACUUCAUGGUAUAGGCAGUGAACAAAAUACCUAAAAUUAAAUGUAUACUGUUUGACUUUUUAUUUGGUGCCUCAGCAUUUUUAUACUAAAGAAAAAAAAUUAUAUUUGGUUAUUGUUAUUAAACAGGCCCGUAGCUAGUAUUUGUACCAUAUAUGAGCUCAUUUGUCCCAUAAUGUUGUCAUCAUAAGUUAUCAAAAUAACCCAUCGAAAAAAGUCUUUAAGGCCAUGCGGAAUCUGAUGCAAGUAAAGUCUAUUUUCACUGUAUUGUUGUUAUAGAGAAAACAUUGUAUAAGAAACUUUUAUUCUAAAUCUUAGUUUUGAACGACAAUGACCAAUAAAAGGUUGCGAAGCACCAAAAGUGACCCAUAUUAAAAUUUAUUAGGCUAUUGUUGUCAUCCAGAAAUUUUCAAAUAUAUUUUUUUACAAGAGAAGCUAGAAAAAUCAUGAAACUCUACAUUAUUAUUAUUAAUAUUAUUAUUAUUAUUCAAAAUGGCCAAAUUCUGCAACUGAGGGAAGUUGAAUGUGCUGGCCAUGUUUAUUAUUUGCCUAAUAAAUGACAAUAUAGGACACAGUUUUAAUUUUAAAACUUCAACAGAUAGCAAUUUUUUCUCCUAGUGAUAUAUCAUAAAGUAGCCUAAAAAUAAGUAACCUCUUCAUAUUUCUUUAUUCUAAAUUUUUAGAAAAUGUUUUUGGCAACUUAAAAGGUGUGACCAUCUGCCAAGUUAAUUCAGCAAAAAAUGUGCUUAAAAUCUCACUAAAAUGCAGUAGUAAAUCUCAUAAUUAAUUAGAAAACAUGUUCAAUAACUGUACAAAGGUUCACUUUAACCUUAAAGUAGAAAAACCUUAAGUAGCUUAGCCAGGUGUUUUUACCCAUAUGAAAAAAAAAGAAUUUGUCACACAACCUACUGUAGUUCUGUCACAAAUUCUACAGUGAUCAAUCAGUCACAAAAAUAUUUAUUCCCCUGCCUUUUUACUAGAACAAAACAUUGGUUUGCUUUUUACAGAGACCUGGAAUAGACAUGGUGGGGAAGAAAAUUGGUGGAAGAAAAAAAAACUGGGAAGAUGUUUUGCAUUAUCUCCCAAAGAUGUAUUGUCCACAAACACUUGAUAUUUAUUUCAUACAGGUGAACCCUCCCGUUUGUUUUUUUUUUUUCAUAUUAAUUUCAACGCGCUCUUAAGAUUAAAAAUGUUGGAGAAAUAUGGGAAAAUACUUAAUGUUAGAAUGUGCAUUUUUGGGAUAGAAUGGUAAAAUACGAUUGAAUCCCGACAAAAACCUGAUGGUUGACAUGUAUGAAGUGAUUCAAGUGAACAGGAAGUGUUUGUGGAAGAACAGUUUUGCAAAACGUCUUUGCAGGGGAAUGCUAAAACUUAAAAAAAUAUAUCUUCCCAUCACUCUUUUUUUCUUUUCUCCCAUACAUAUUUAUUUCUUCCACCCAUUUUUUCCACUUUUUAAUUGUUACUUCAACAAAAACCAACUAAAAAAGUAAAAAUGUAGUAAUGUCGGUUGUUGAUUAGCAUUAGGGUAGUGUAGCAAAGUCAUAGUUAAUCUUUUGUUAACAUGGUUGUAAAAACACAGUUAAUUAAAAUUUUGGGGCAUUGUCUAACCGUGUCAGAAUGAAUCAAGAUUCUGUAAUGGUACUUACGUUGCUUUAAUGCACAUUUGUGUUUAAUUAAAGUUAAUAAAUUUGGGGGGUGUAUGGGGGAGUUGGAUACUAAGUUCCAGAAAUGUGCCAACACAGAAAAAAUAGACUCAUUCAAAUGUGAAAUGUCAAUAGGCAUCAUUGAAACACUCCUCGGCCAAUCGGAUCAAAGAUCUAGAACUAAAGGCAUGGCCGCAUUUACAGUUGCCAGGCAAAAAUCAAGCUGUUUUAACAAAAUCCGCUGUAUAUGUAUACAACAAUGGUGAUUAAUGUGAUAAAGCUUCAAAUGCAUCUCAGAUUGUGAUGGUUUGUAUUUGUUUGAGCAGGUAUUUAUCAACGUAGGCUUCACAGGAAAUUAUUUUUUAGACUCAGUUUGUUAAUUAAUGUGCUGUUGUCCAUAUGUUGAAUAAUGAUUGUUCUUAUUAUGUGUUCCACAAUACUGAUUUUUGUUAUGUGCUUAUGUAUGAAUUCUUGAAAAAUAAUGUGUAGAAAAACUGAAUUUAUUUAGACUGGUUAUAAAUUGUCAUCUGUAUAGUCAGCAUUAUGAUUAAUUAUUGCUUAUACAGUAUUUGAUUCAUUUUCAUUAUGUGUAUGGUCAUUUUACAGUGCAUGAACAAUUCAAACCUCAUUUUUGAAUAAAUUAAAUUGUGCUACAAC